AUGGAAUUGGUUUCUAAGCCAAACGCCACAGCUGCAGUGUGGGAGCAUUUCGGAUUCAAACAGAAUGCCCGUGGUGAACCACUGAAUGUGAGCGAGUCGGUGUGUCGCAUUUGUUGGAAAACAGUCGCAAUUAAAAGCGGCAACACAACAAACAUGCAUAUGCAUCUAAAACACAAUCAUCCGCUGCAGUUUUCCCAGUUGGGGAAAAAAAACACAACAAGUGGGCCGUUUUCCUCUUCCCGACAGAGCACAGUCACUGGGGCGUUUAGUCGACAAACAAAGUCCAAACAGGACAGUACGAAAUGGUGUACACUCACAGACAGUGUAGUUCGCUUCAUUGCUAAAGAGAUGCAGCCCUUUAGCAUCGUCGAAAAGCCAGCAUUUCAACGAAUGCUGCAAACAUUUGACAGACAGUAUGAAUUGCCUGGGAGAACAUACGUGUCACAAACGGCAAUUCCACAACUGUACAACAGCGUGAAAGACGACAUACUUAAGGAGAUCAAAGACAUCCAAUUUUACUCUGCCACUACAGAUAUGUGGUCAAGUUCAAACAUGACCCCGUAUAUGAGCUUGACUAUACACUACAUAACUGCUGACUGGACUCUGCAGUCCAAGUGUUUAGAGACCAGAUAUGUCCCAGAUAACUAUACUGCUGACACCCUGGAAGAAAACCUGAAGUCUGCUUUAGCAGACUGGGGACUGGAUGAGCACAAACUAGUCUGCAUCACUACAGACAAUGGUGCUAACAUUGUUGCUGCAAUAAGAAAUCUUGGCUGGCCAUGGCUUAAUUGUUUUGGCCACAACCUCCAUCUCGCUGUGUCCCAUGGUCUGGACAGCAACAAAGAUCGGACAGCUCGUGCCAUAGGACUCUGUAAAAGUUUGGUCAACGCAUUCAACCUGAGCUGGCUUAAGAGGAGAGACCUGAGGAAGGCACAGAGUGAGGCCAAUCUCCCCCAACACAGUCUAAUACUGGAUGUUGUCACACGAUGGGGCACUAAGCAGAAGAUGGAGCAACUCCCAGCCAUGAUUAAAGACGACCUUCUCUCUCCAGGCCCUGAUGAUACUGCACUGACAGCCAGUAUUAAACAAAACAUGUGCAGGGUACUGACUGAAAAAUACAGCUCACCUGCAAUUCAAGUCCUCCUUAGAAAGGCCACCAUCUUGGAUCCCAGAUAUCGUGGCAGCAUGGAGGAGGCAGGUGCAUUGGAUGAUGCCAAACAACAGCUUGUGGAAGAGCUACUGGACUUAGGACCAGAAGGAGAAGGUACUAGUGGUGAGAGCUGCAGCACAACCGCUGAAGGAAACAAGGAUGAACCUACUGCUGCUGCACCCACCAAGAAGAAGAGGCUGAGUGACCUUCUUCAAAACAGAAGAGUUCAUCUCACAAGUCAGGCCCAGGCUGCAUUUCCCAAAAGAGUGCAGGCUGAUGCAGAGCUGACCAAGUUCCUCCAAGAAGAUGCACUUGAUGCAUCUUGUGAUCCCUUGAUGUGGUGGCGUGACAAUCAAAAAAGAUAUCCUUUGAUGGCCAAGUUGGCCCAAAAAUACAUGUGCAACAAGCACCAGCUCAGAGAGAAUGUUUAG